AUGUCCACCAAACAGUCCUGCCAAGUUCAUUUCCAUCAUCAAGCUAAUGUAAGACCAAUCAAGCCAAGGCAAUCUGGCUCCUGUGUGAAGCAGUCCAAAAAUCUGGAGGAGAUGCUAGUACAAUUGCAUGAGUUGCAAGAGCCAACCCCUCCACCAAUUGUCUCAAGUGGAAGGGCAGAUAUGGCAGGGUCAAACAUGGAUAUUGCAGCCAAUUCAUGCAAAAGCUUGCUGGAUCAGUUCCUGCAGGAAAGGGAGCCAACUGCUCUGGCAGAGGGUGGAAUCAUGGCUGUAAUAGAUCCACAUGACAACUUGAUGAAUCAGUUCCUGAAUGAAUGGGAACCAACUGCUCCCCCAGUGGAUGGUAUGAAUGUGGAUCUACUUGAGCAAUUGCUGAAUGUGCAGGAACCAUUAGCACUGCCAGUCACAGAUGAUACAUUAAACAGGAUGGACAGGUCUUCAACACCUGCACAAGAUGUUACUAUGCAGGAUAUGAGGGAACCAAUGCCUCCCCCACUCAUUUCAAAUGUACCUGUUGAAUCUUUUGACUUGGCAGUGGAUGAGGGCAAUGGCACAAACCAUUUGACUUUUGGCAUGCCCAAACAAUCAGAGAUGAGGGAUCUUUUCAAAGAAAUAUGCAAUGGUGAACUUCCAUCCACACAGCAAUCUGUUCAGAUGGAACAAUGGGGAUUGGCACCUGUUCCAUGUUGCAAUCAAGUAUCUCACUACUGUGGAAACACCACUCCCAGCAACAUGCCAUUUGAUCCCACCCUUGAUAGGCAUCUUGUGCAGGCUGCAAAUGCCAUUGGGAGAGAAUUGGGCACAGCUGCAAGGGACCAGUAUGGUGCAGCCUCUCAGGGCCCUCAACUCAUCAAUAUGCUUGAUUUGAUGGAAGUUAGAUGGGGUAUCCUCUACUUGGCAUGCCAGAUCAAGGUCUCCUCUGUACAUCUGAAGCAGACUGCCAAUAUUGUGGGAUGGCCUGUGCAUUGGUUUGCAAACCUAGCAAUGGACUUGCUUGAUUCUGGUGACAGUGUUGCAUGCCAGUUAUACUCCUGUGCUACCAUGUGUACCUCAGACACCAAGAUGAUGAGUGCCAUUGUCCCACAUUGGACCCCACAUGCAGCUGAUCCCAAUUCCAGCUUUGCAUUCCCUUGGUGGCUAUAUUGUUCUGAGGAAUAUGCAGUGGAUUCCCAAAGAUUGCAAGGCAAGGGAUUGUUUUCCAUGGCCUGGGAUUUUUGUAAGUUGAUGAUGGCCCAGGGCUUAUGGCCAUUGCCUGAGGUGCCAAUUGCAGACUGUCUCAAUAGCCAUAUCAAAGAGCAGGAAAACUACUGCUUUGAAAAUAUUCAGAAAUAUGCUGAUGCUGUUAAUGGUUGGGGUCAACAAAUCGACCAUUUCUACACUAGGUGGUGGGCAUUGCAUGGGUUGUUGGGCAUGCCACUUCAAUAG